UAGAAGCGUAACGGCCGUUCUGGCUAGUUUCCCGCUAAAAAUUGUUAUUGUUUAUAUUUUGGUUGUGUGCAGUCGGUUUGGUUUCCUUGUGAUUGUUUUUAAGUUUGCCGCAUUAUCGUUUGGUCCAAGGUUUUUGCUCAUAAAAUGCACAACACUUUUAAUGCGGUUACAUAAGUGCGUGUGCUGAAAACAGUUCGCCACCAAGAGUUCCUAUACCUGCACACCUACUCCUUUGAGAAGCUACACCAAGUAAGCACCCAAAUUGAGGGAAGUAAUGCCAGGCGGCGGCACAAUUGGACCAUUUAGACACGAUUGUAGCCACUACUGUAGCACAAUUAGCCAGCCCGCACACGCAUCCGCACCCGCACCCGAAUAGUAGUAAUUAAAUACAAAAUGCUGGGCGCCCUUUUUCGCGUGCCGUCACCAAAGGUGGCCAUCAUUUACCGUAGCCUGCCCGAGCUGCUAGGCACGGGUGCUGAUGUCCGCGCCUUGUCCGCCGGAAGAGGCGUUUGUCACCAACGUCACCAAAGUCACCAAAACCUUAACGUCCACAUCCAAAUCCACCGACCAUCCCACCGACGUGAACUGCUCUCUUGCGCCCAGACCUGGCCAGAGUGUUCCAAAUUGUCAGUACGUUACCUGCACUCGGAGCCCGUCGCCAUGUUCUACUCGAUGUAUGCUUACUUAUCCAAUCUACCGCGCCUCCAUGUCCUGGGCAUGGCAUUGGUGGCCUACGUGGUGUACUAUCUGAUCCAGGUGGUCAAGCGGCCGAUUAUCGCCUGUUCGGACGGGCCGUUCAAACAGUACCUGAUCCGCAAGGUGCCGACUCUGGAGAACAAGUACUGGCCCACCUUCUGGUGCGUGGAGAGUCGGGCGCAGACGGUAAUGGCGAGCCUGCUGCGCUCGAAAAGUCUGCCGCACGUCAACUACCGCCGUGAGAUCCUGCCCCUAAAGGACGGCGGCGAGGUGGCUCUGGACUGGAUGGAGGAGGGGUGUGACGAAAACGCACCCUGUAUUCUCAUUCUGCCAGGACUCACCGGCGAGUCCCAGGCGGAGUACAUUAAAUGCCUAGUCUUUGCCGCCCAGCAGGCCGGCAUGCGGGUUGUUGUGUUCAACAAUCGUGGUCUCGGUGGGAUCGAGUUGAAGACGCCUCGUCUCUACUGCGCAGCCAACUGCGAGGAUCUCUGUGAGGUUAUCCACCAUGUCCGUAGCAUUCUGCCGCCACAAUGCAAGAUGGGCGCCGCUGGGAUUUCGAUGGGAGGCCUAAUUCUUGGCAACUAUCUGGCCCGCAAGAGCGACGAAGCCAGGAACAUCCUAUCAGCGGCCAAGAUUAUCUCUGUGCCUUGGGACGUCCACAAGGGUAGCGCCAGCAUUGAAAAGCCUGUGAUUAACAGUCUCCUGGGGCGCCACCUGGCCGGUAGUCUUUGUCGCACUUUGCGGAAUCACUUGGACAUCUACCGGGACAUCUAUCAGGACUCGGACAUCGAUAUUCAACGAAUUUUGCGCUGCAAGACCAUCAAGGAGUUCGAUGAGCUCUUCACAGCCAAGCAGUUUGGUUAUGCCCAUGUCAACGACUAUUACUCGGACGCCACACUUCACAACAAGUUGGACCACAUCUCGGUGCCCCUGCUGUGCCUCAGCGCUGCCGACGAUCCUUUCCAGCCGCUGGACGCCAUCCCUAUUAAGGCGGCCAACCAGUGUACUCAUGUGGCGAUUGUGAUCACGGCGCGAGGCGGCCAUAUCGGUUUCCUCGAAGGCUGGUGGCCAUCCACUAAGGACCAGUAUAUGGGGCGUUUGUUUACGGAAUACUUUACCAAGGCCCUGUUCGAUGAGGAUGGCGAGUUCCAGCACACCGCUAACAAGAUGCACGAGCGCUUCUUGGCCAAGGAGACCGUGGCCCUAGCCUCGUCAUCGCCAUUGUUGCUCGACAAGAAGGUGGAUGCCGGCCAGCUGGACCACAAGAUGAAGCUAAUGUGAACAUACCUCAGCUCAGAUAUUUGGUAGUUGGUCCACUAGGGUUACCACAUGAAAUUUUUUAGAUAUCCGCGUAUGUAUUCCGAUAAGAUUCGGCGAAAGAAGUAGAAUUUCGAACGCAUGUGAUAUGAAACGUUGAUCAAAAUCCAAAGUGUUGUUAUAUUAUUUUUGUAAGGCAGCGUACAGGGAACAGUAAACAGCGAAAAGCGAACCAAAUCGACAGUAUGCGUAGUUGCUUAAAUUACUCUUAGUACGUGACAUUAGUGACAUAUCAAGUUGAAAUAGCAAAGAAGCUUGUAAGAUUCCUAGCCUAGCCGUAAAUUCAAAUACAAUAUAUGACACAAUGCAAUAAUCUUAUACUUUUACAAGUUCCGUAUAUAUUUACUAAUAAAAAUACAACGCUUAAUAAACAAAAAUAAAA